UUUUGAAUUUCAGACUAUUACCUGCAGACAUAUUCAGUGUUUCUCUAUUCCGCAAAAUUUGUAGGUUAAGGUUAAAAGACCGGUUACUUUUUACUAGACCACAAAAUGAGCAACGAAAUAGUACAGUGGUCGAGUGUAAUUAUCUUUUUACUUAUUUCCAACUAUCUGUGCACAGAAUCUGCAUCAACCAUGGAAUCAAUAUACUUUUUAAAGCCAGGAGAUGUUAUUGAAAAUGACAAGCCUGGAUUACAAACUUUCUGCCAUAGUGCCAAUACGAAAUAUUUGAUUCAUAUGUGGAGAAGUUUAACAAUACACUUGAAUACAAAUAUUGAAAAUUAUGAUCUUUAUAAUGGAAAAACUCCCCAAGAAGUAACAAAAAAGCAUGAUGAUAAUCAGAGGUCGUGGAGCUUUAACGUAUUCAGUACAAAAAAAAGCAACAGACUAAAGAUUAAUCCUUUCGAAGAUGUAUGCAUUGGUGUAUACAUAUAUUCCUCUAAUUUGCACAAAUAUACAGUGAGCAUGAUACAAACACGUAUCGAUGUCCCUGCAUUAAUGUUAAUGCUGAUGGGUGCUACUAUGUUUUGGAAUGCUCAUAAAUUCAGUGGAAAUUCUUUAUUUUAUUAUCUAAGCAGUAUAGUGCUUGGAAUCACCACCUCAGUUAUAAUUUUAGUAUACUUUGUUAGCAAAUUUCUAUUAAGGGGUAAAAUGAUGUACCUCACGAUUGCCACUGGUUGGACAAUGAGUUUUUAUCUAAUCCAAAUUUUAUGGGAAAAUAUCCAAUUAAUCCUUGUAGAGUAUAAAGAAUUUGUCGCGUGGUACAUUUUAUUAACGUCUCUUAUCAGUUUCGUCAUUGCUUAUCGGUUUGGUCCUGUCACAAACAUUAGAACGAAAAGACUUAUUCAAUGGUUUCUACAGAUGGCAGGAUUGGUUAUCAUGUAUUAUAGUAGUUAUUUUCGUGAGGCAUCAACUUUUUGUUGUAUCCUAAUUUUUCUACUUUAUAACUUUCCUACUGUAAUAAUUCAAAAAGGCAGAAUCUAUUGGAAGAACAUGUUUCCUGAAAGAAGAAAAUUAUUAACAGAAGACCAAUAUCGUAAAGAAGGCAUAAGAGAAACGAAAAAAGCAUUAAACGAGCUAAAAGAGUAUUGUGCUAGUCCUAAAUGUAAUCCAUGGAAAACAGUUCUAAGACUAAAAGAUCCAAUAAGAUUUGCCAAGUUUAUGGAGGGUGACUCGCAUUUAUCCGACGACGAGUGUCAAGAACAUGACGUAGAAAUCACAAGAAUUAUAGAAGAGUGUGAAUAUACGGAUGAUGAUGAAGAUCUGUGAUAAAACGUACAUAAAGAAAUUAUUUCUUUCACGAAGAAAAUAAUUCAUGAGAACAAACUAGCAAUUAACAAGUUUCCGCGAAAUCUUGUACAUUGCCUGGAAACAUUUCAAGUACAAAAUUGCCGAAUUUUUUACUCUUAAGUAUAAUGUACUUUGUGAUUGUACUUUGUGAUUUAUUAAAUAACUAGUGUCCUUUUUUAUUUUACCAGUCGUGUGAUUUUGAAAUAAAGUUGUUACAUUAUACAAAUAAAGUUGUUACAUUAUA